UCUCAAAUCUUAAACUCUUAAAUGGAUUCUCAGGACAUUAGGUACCGUGGUGGAGACACCGCAACAACAGCUAUGGCUGAAACGGAGAGGAAACAAGCAGCUGACGGCAACAACAGAGGCAAAGGCAAACGCGAUCAUCACAAGAGGGCGAUGGCUAAACGCGGUCUCAAAUCUCUGACGUUAGCUGUUGCAGCUCCUGUCCUCGUGACGCUCUCCGUAUCCUACUUCCUCCGGAAUCGAGCUCCGUCCUCCUCCUGGAUUCCAUCUCUGUCUCUGUGGGUCCUUCACUUCAUGCGUCUCGCCUCCAGCGGUCUGAUGGGCUUGGCUGCGUGGUUAGUAUGGGUCGAUGGUGGGUUCCACAGAAAGCCUAACGCUCUGUAUCUUUACUUUGCUCAGUUUAUGCUGUGUUUGGUUACUUUCAUGGUCGGGUCGGGAUUAGCUGCUGGACUUGCAGUGUGGUUGGGUCAGUCUGCUGCUUUGUUCGGAUGCUACAAGGCCUUUAAUGGGAUCAGUCCGGUCGCUGGUAAUAUAGUCAAGCCGUGUUUGGCUUUUGCUGCGUUUGUAGCAGCCGUUAAUAUUGUAAAGCUCACAAUCGCGUGAGAUCUGUAAGACUGUAAACAGUAAACGCCGACGAUGGAUGUGAAUGUGAUAGUCUCUGAGAUACUACGGUGUUGUGGCGUCGUAAUCAAUCGUUUUUCAAGUGUUUCAAACAAAAACAUAAAGAUGUCGUCGUGGUCUAAUCGGUUAGUAUGAUGCGUGCCC